AUGGUCUCGUUGGACAUCUCAGAACCCUGUGAAACAAUAACCAAGCAACCCCAUCUGCUGUCUCCACGACCGUUCCCACUUUCGCCCUGCACCAGCCCUCACAGAGUCCACGAUGACAACCGCCAAACCGCCGGUAAACAUACUCAUGAUGCUCCACCUCCACCGAUCACCACCGCCAUCAUCCCUGCCACGACCCCCGCGAAAGCUACGAAAUUCCCCACUCCCGCUACCGGUGAGAACGCUACCAACGCCUCCUUAACUACUACCCUCACUAUCACCGCACCCACAGCCAGCAAUGUGGACUCGUUUCCAACCUGCCCUCAUUGCGAACGCACACUGACCUUACGCAUUGGCCUGGUCGAUCACUUGCGAAUCCGUCGCACAGAGACAGGCGAACUAGUGCCACUAGAACCCACGUAG